ACACUAUAGCUGAAAUCAUUCCAAAUCUCCCAUUGAAGGCUCUUGACAAAUUCUGCUGGAUUAAUAAAACUUGGUAUAAAGAAAUUCAACAUGAACUUCAGAAAAGAUGGAAGAUACAGGCGUUUGAAUUCUAUAAAUUAGAACUUGAAGAAAAAGAAAAAAUAAAAGAAGUGCAAAAGAGAUAUUCAGAUAAUGGAGAAUUUCAAGGAUAUAUGGAUCAAUAUUUAUAA